CCCGGCCCACCAUGCCGCUGCCGCCUGUGAGCCCACGGACGCCGCCGAUGCUGCUGUUGCUCCUGGGGUGCGUGUGGGCAGCGGGGGGCUCCGCCCAGGCGGGCGGACGGCCACAGCCCGCCUUCCGCACCUUCGUGGCCAGCGACUGGGGCCUCACCCACGUGGUGGUCCACGAGCAGACGGGCGAGGUGUACGUGGGUGGGGUGAACCGCAUCUACAAGCUGUCGGGGAACCUGACGCUGCUGCGGGUGCACGUGACGGGCCCCGUGGAGGACAACGAGAAGUGCUACCCGCCCCCCAGCGUGCAGUCCUGCCCGCACGGCCUGGGCAGCACCGACAACGUCAACAAGCUGCUGUUGCUGGACUACGCCGCCAACCGCCUGCUGGCCUGCGGCAGCGCCUCCCAGGGCAUCUGCCAGUUCCUGCGGCUGGACGACCUCUUCAAGCUGGGAGAGCCGCAUCACCGCAAGGAGCACUACCUGUCCAGCGUGCGAGAGGCCGGCAGCAUGGCGGGCGUGCUCAUCGCCGCCCCGCCGGGCCAGGGCCAGGCCAAGCUCUUCGUGGGCACCCCCAUCGACGGCAAGUCCGAGUAUUUCCCCACGCUGUCCAGCCGCCGGCUCAUGGCCAACGAGGAGGACGCCGACAUGUUCGGCUUCGUGUACCAGGAUGAGUUCGUGUCCUCGCAGCUCAAGAUCCCGUCCGACACGCUGUCCAAGUUCCCGGCCUUCGACAUCUACUAUGUGUACAGCUUCCGGAGCGAGCAGUUCGUGUACUACCUCACGCUGCAGCUGGACACACAGCUGACCUCGCCGGACGCCGCCGGCGAGCACUUCUUCACCUCCAAGAUCGUGCGGCUCUGUGUGGACGACCCCAAGUUCUACUCCUACGUGGAGUUCCCCAUCGGCUGUCAGCAGGCCGGGGUGGAGUACCGCCUGGUGCAGGACGCCUACCUGAGCCGGCCCGGCCGUGCGCUGGCCAGUUACCUGCAGCUCCCGGAGGGGGAGGACGUGCUGUUCACCGUGUUCGCGCAGGGCCAGAAGAACCGCGUGAAGCCGCCCAAGGAGUCCGUGCUGUGCCUGUUCACGCUCAGGGCCAUCAAGGAGAAGAUCAAGGAGCGUAUUCAGUCCUGCUACCGCGGGGAGGGCAAGCUCUCGCUGCCCUGGCUGCUCAACAAGGAGCUGGGCUGCAUCAACUCGCCCCUGCAGAUCGAUGACGACUUCUGUGGACAGGACUUCAACCAGCCCCUGGGGGGCACGGUCACCAUCGAGGGCCUGCCUCUGUUUGUGGACAAGGAGGAUGGCUUGACGGCUGUGGCCGCCUAUGACUACCGGGGCCACACAGUGGUGUUUGCUGGCACGCGGAGUGGCCGCAUCCGCAAGAUCCUGGUGGACCCUGACAAGCCGGGCAGCCCGCCGGCCCUGGCCUACGAGAGCGUGGUGGCCCAGGAGGGCAGCCCCAUCCUGCGUGACCUCGUCCUCAGCCCCAGCCGCCAGCACCUGUACGCCAUGACAGAAAAACAGGUGACGCGGGUGCCGGUGGAGAGCUGCGUGCAGUACUCCUCGUGUGAGCUGUGCCUGGGGUCUCGGGACCCGCACUGCGGCUGGUGUGUCCUACACAGUGUCUGCUCCAGGAAGGACGCCUGUGAGCGGGCGGACGAGCCCCACCGCUUUGCCUCCAGCCUGCUGCAGUGCGUGGUGCUGACCGUGCAGCCGCGCAAUGUGUCCGUCACCAUGUCUCAGGUGCCGCUUAUGCUGCAGGCCUGGAAUGUGCCCGACCUCUCGGCUGGGGUCAACUGCUCCUUCGAGGACUUCACUGAGUCGGAGAGCAUCGUCCAGGAUGGCCACGUCUACUGCCGCUCGCCCUCCGCCCAGGAGGUGGCGCCCAUCACGAGGGGCCAGGGAGACCAGCGGGUGGUGAAGCUCUACCUGAAGUCCAAGGAGACGGGGAAGAAGUUCGCGUCUGUAGACUUCGUCUUCUACAACUGCAGCGUCCACCAGGCCUGCCUGGCUUGUGUCAACGGCUCCUUCCCCUGCCACUGGUGCAAAUACCGCCACGUGUGCACCAAUAACGCUGCUGACUGCGCCUUUUUGGAGGGCCGUGUCAACGUUUCUGAGGACUGCCCCCAGAUCCUGCCCUCCACGCAGAUCUACGUGCCAGUGGGCGUGGUGAAGCCCAUCACCCUGGCUGCCCGGAACCUGCCACAGCCGCAGUCAGGCCAGCGUGGCUACGAGUGCCUUUUCCACAUCCCCGGCAGCCCUGCCCGGGUGACCGCGCUGCGCUUCAACAGCUCCAGUCUGCAGUGCCAGAAUUCCUCGUACUCCUAUGAAGGCAACGACGUCAGCGACCUGCCUGUGAAUCUGUCGGUGGUGUGGAAUGGCAACUUCGUCAUCGACAACCCCCAGAACAUCCAGGCCCACCUCUACAAGUGCCCAGCCCUGCGCCAGAGCUGCGGCCUCUGCCUCAAGGCCGACCCGCGCUUCGAGUGCGGCUGGUGUGUGGCCGAGCGCCGCUGCUCCCUGCGCCACCACUGCCCCGCUGAGGCGCCUGCUGCCUGGAUGCACGCCCGGCACGGGAGCAGCCGCUGUGCAGACCCCAAGAUUCUCAAGCUGUUUCCAGAGACAGGCCCCCGACAGGGAGGGACGAGGCUCACCAUCACCGGGGAGAACCUGGGCCUUCGGUUUGAAGACGUGCGUCUGGGCGUGCGUGUGGGCAAGGUGCUGUGCAGCCCCGUGGAGAGCCAGUACAUCAGUGCUGAGCAGAUUGUGUGUGAGAUCGGGGACGCCAGCACAGUGCGGGCCCAUGACGCCCUGGUGGAGGUGUGCGUGCGGGACUGCUCGCCCCACUACCGGGCUCUGUCACCGAAGCGCUUCACGUUUGUGACUCCAACCUUCUACCGCGUGAGCCCCUCCCGCGGGCCUCUGUCGGGAGGCACCUGGAUCGGCAUCGAGGGCAGCCACCUGAACGCAGGCAGCGACGUGGCCGUGUCCAUUGGGGGCCGGCCCUGUUCCUUCUCCUGGAGGAACUCUCGGGAGAUCCGCUGCCUGACGCCACCAGGGCAGAGUCCGGGCAGCGCUCCCAUUGUCAUCAACAUUAACCGUGCCCAGCUGGCCAACCCCGAGGUGAAGUACAACUACACCGAGGACCCCACCAUCCUGAGGAUCGACCCUGAGUGGAGCAUCAACAGUGGUGGGACCCUGCUGACGGUCACGGGCACCAAUCUGGCCACCGUCCGUGAACCCCGGAUCCGGGCCAAGUAUGGAGGUGUUGAGAGGGAGAAUAGCUGCAUGGUGUACAAUGACACCACCAUGGUGUGCCGGGCCCCAUCUGUGGACAACCCCACGCGCAGCCCGCCCGAGCUGGGGGAGCGGCCGGACGAGCUGGGCUUCGUCAUGGACAACGUGCGCGCCCUGCUCGUGCUCAACUCUUCCUCCUUCCUCUACUACCCCGACCCGGUGCUAGAGCCGCUCAGCCCCACCGGCCUCCUGGAGCUCAAGCCCAGCUCUCCCCUCAUCCUCAAGGGUCGGAACCUGCUGCCACCGGCACCUGGCAACUCCCGGCUCAACUACACGGUGCUCAUUGGCUCUACCCCGUGUGUCCUCACUGUGUCGGAGACGCAGCUGCUGUGCGAGUCGCCCAACCUCACGGGACAGCACAAGGUCACGGUGCGAGCAGGCGGCUUUGAGUUCUCCCCCGGGAUGCUGCAGAUGUACUCAGACAGCCUGCUCACGCUGCCCGCCAUUGUGGGCAUCGGCGGGGGCGGGGGCCUCCUGCUGCUGGUCAUCGUGGCCGUCCUGAUCGCCUACAAGCGCAAGUCUCGCGAUGCCGACCGCACCCUCAAGCGGCUGCAGCUGCAGAUGGACAACCUGGAGUCCCGAGUGGCACUCGAGUGCAAGGAAGCCUUUGCAGAGCUGCAGACAGACAUCCACGAGCUGACGAGCGACCUGGACGGGGCCGGCAUCCCGUUCCUGGACUACCGCACGUACGCCAUGCGGGUGCUCUUCCCCGGGAUUGAGGACCACCCUGUGCUCAAGGAGAUGGAGGUGCAGGCCAACGUGGAGAAGUCACUGACGCUCUUCGGGCAGCUGCUGACCAAGAAGCACUUCCUGCUGACCUUCAUCCGCACGCUGGAGGCCCAGCGCAGCUUCUCCAUGCGUGACCGUGGGAAUGUGGCCUCGCUCAUCAUGACCGCCCUGCAGGGCGAGAUGGAGUACGCCACAGGCGUGCUCAAGCAGCUGCUGUCCGACCUCAUCGAGAAGAACCUGGAGAGCAAGAACCACCCCAAGCUGCUCCUGCGCCGGACCGAAUCCGUGGCUGAGAAGAUGCUCACCAACUGGUUCACCUUCCUCCUGUACAAGUUCCUCAAGGAGUGUGCUGGAGAGCCGCUCUUCAUGCUGUACUGCGCCAUCAAGCAGCAGAUGGAGAAGGGACCCAUCGACGCCAUCACGGGCGAGGCUCGCUACUCUCUGAGCGAGGACAAGCUCAUCCGGCAGCAGAUCGACUACAAGACUCUGACCCUGAACUGCGUGAACCCUGAGAAUGAGAAUGCACCCGAGGUGCCCGUGAAGGGCCUGAACUGCGACACGGUGACGCAGGUCAAGGAGAAGCUGCUGGACGCCGUGUACAAGGGGGUGCCCUACUCCCAGCGGCCCAAGGCCGGGGACAUGGACCUGGAGUGGCGCCAGGGCCGCAUGGCGCGCAUCAUCCUGCAGGACGAGGACGUCACCACCAAGAUCGACAACGACUGGAAGAGGCUGAACACGCUCGCCCACUACCAGGUGACAGACGGGUCAUCAGUGGCCCUGGUGCCCAAGCAGACGUCUGCCUACAACAUCUCCAACUCCUCGACUUUCACCAAGUCCCUCAGCAGAUACGAGAGCAUGCUGCGCACGGCCAGCAGCCCCGACAGCCUGCGCUCCCGCACGCCCAUGAUCACACCCGACCUGGAGAGCGGCACCAAGCUCUGGCACCUGGUGAAGAACCACGACCACCUGGACCAGCGGGAGGGCGACCGGGGCAGCAAGAUGGUCUCGGAGAUCUACUUGACACGGCUGCUGGCCACCAAGGGCACGCUGCAGAAGUUUGUGGACGACCUCUUCGAGACCAUCUUCAGCACCGCACACCGGGGCUCCGCGCUGCCGCUCGCCAUCAAGUACAUGUUUGACUUCCUGGACGAGCAGGCGGACAAGCACCAGAUCCACGACUCUGACGUGCGCCACACCUGGAAGAGCAACUGUCUACCCCUGCGCUUCUGGGUGAAUGUGAUCAAGAACCCGCAGUUCGUGUUCGACAUCCACAAGAACAGUAUCACGGACGCCUGCCUGUCGGUGGUGGCCCAGACCUUUAUGGACUCCUGCUCCACCUCUGAGCACAAGCUGGGCAAGGACUCGCCCUCCAACAAGCUGCUCUACGCCAAGGACAUCCCCAACUACAAGAGCUGGGUGGAGAGGUACUACGCUGACAUCGCCAAGAUGCCCGCCAUCAGCGACCAGGACAUGAGCGCGUACCUGGCAGAGCAGUCCCGGCUGCACCUGAGCCAGUUCAACAGCAUGAGCGCCCUGCACGAGAUCUACUCGUACAUCGCCAAGUACAAGGAUGAGAUCCUGGUGGCCCUGGAGAAGGAUGAGCAGGCACGGCGGCAGCGGCUCCGGAGCAAGCUGGAGCAGGUGGUGGACACAAUGGCGCUGAGCAGCUGAGAGCCCCAGCAGCCUCCCACUGGAGGCCCGGCGUAAGGGCAGACGGCCUCCCCGCCCCGCGGAGCGCCAGGCAGGGCCCCCGUGGCCUCUCCACCCCUGUCCCAGGGCCCUGGUGCCGGCCUGGCCGCCUCCCUGCCCGGCGGCCGUGGCGGGAGAGGGUGGCGGUCUCCGCAGAGCUCAGAGGCCCGGCAGUGGCUGGCCCGUCCCUGGAGCAUCGCGGCCCCUGCCUCCCCAGCUCACCCGCGGGCAGCGUGAGGGUCCAGGGCCUGGCUGGCAGCAGAGGGAGAGGUGAAAUGCCCACGGCUGGGCCGGCCAGCUGCGGCCUGGGCCGCGCCCCGGCCUCCCGUCGGCACCUGUGCCAGCGCUCGGCCAUCACCCUGAGAUUCACCGCGUGCUCCGCGCGCCGGGGCCAGCAUGCCACGUCCACCGGGGGAAAGGCUGCUCCUCCCGUGGAGGGUGCAGAUGCCACUCCCCAGAGACUGGUGGGUGGACUGGGCAGCCCCUCUGUCCUCAGGGCUGUGCCUCUGGGGGCCCCCGGGUCACAGAGCGCAUGUUCCCCUUAUUUAUUCCCUCGCCGCCUGCCCCCGAUGCAGCCCUGUGCUGCCCACAGAGCUGGCCGGCUGCCUGCCCCGUCCUCUCCCCGGCCCUUCCCUUCUGUCUCUGUCCUCUCCUCUUCCUCCUCUCUGUCUCCUCCUGAUCGCCACCUCUGUCCCACGUGGCUUGCUGUCUGGCUUCUCAGUGGCUUCCAGGCCCCUCCGGAACAGUGCGACUUAGGGGGUCGUUUUUGGUUAAAGGGGAACAAGAAAUCCUGCUGUACUCCGGCCGAGGGGCAGGGCCUCUCGGGCACUCCCUGGAUUCACGUGGACCACAAACGGCAGCCAUAACCCAAGGGGCUGGAGAUGGGCUGCUGACCACCCUCGCCCUCUGUGAGCAAAGAACAGAUUUUUAAUGAAACCCGAAACUCCUGUACAUAUAUAUAUAUGUGUGUGUAUAUAUAUGUGUGUAUAUACAUGUGUGGCUCUGGCAUCAUCUCCAGCCCCAGUGGGGCCCUGUACAGCUACUAGAGGAGAGGACGCUGCAGCGCAGAGCAGACCAAGCGGAGGGCACGCGGGUGCGGCGGGGGAGGAGCGGCCGCCCCGCCCAGCCCCGGCUUCCGCCCUGCGCAGGGCCCGUGGAUUUGCAUGAUCGUGCUAGAGUUUAGUCUGGGUUGAUCUUUUUCAAACUGCAAGUGUUGAAUACUAGAGGUGGUUAGACCCUUUUUUAUGUUUUUUAAAUUAAUCGGUAAUCACUUGUCAAAGCAAACAAGUGGCUCUUCCCCUUUUCCAGGUCACUUUUUCAAUGGUACUCAAUCUUCUCAAUGGGCUUUGAGGGACAGCUAACUGGCCAGCCUUGGGAUCUGGCCCCUGUAAGCGGUGUGGGUCCGAGGGGGCGUCCGAGGUCAGCCUAGAGCUGCUCCCGCACGGGGUUGGUGUGAGAUCGGUGAACUUCGGACUCAGGGAGUUCCUGCUCUGGGCGCUGCGUGGCCUGUCCCCAGGGUCCCGCGGGCGUCCAGCGCCCGGGCUCCGCAGCCUGGGAGCGGGCUGGUCUCUGCAGCCCCUGGUGUGGCCUGGGACCCCUGUGUGCCCCCUCACGUCUCUAGGCUGGGACUGGGUAGAGCCUCCGUUUCCCCCAAAGUCUUCCCUGGAUGCUGGCUUCGAGUUGAAGCCCCCGUUCUUCCAGCUCUGCCUCGGCCACGCAGCAGCCUCUGGGCUCCCGAAUCACUUCAGAACCCUCCCUGCCCCCUCUCAGGCCUCCACAGAGAAGGGUGGCCUCCUUUAGCCCUGGCAGCUGCCCUGUCCGCGUGGUGAUGCUGGGCAGGGGCGGUGGGUGCCCGCCCAGCCUAAGCAGCCCCACAGGGCAUCUGUCUGAAGCACUUUAGCAUCCUGUUUACAUGUGAGUUGAUCCAGCCACCGCUGCCCGGCUCCCGCUGCACCCGCCUGGGCCUGGGCUUGUGUGUCCUCACCCUGUCCUCCUGGCCCAGGUACCCUGCAGGCUGGGACAACACUGGAUGGCCUCCGGCUUGUGUUUCUUGGGGGCUGGGCAUGAGCGUGUUGUGCUCCAGGUGGUAAGACGCCGUGGGCCCCUAGCAGCCCCGGGGUCCCCGGCCCACCUGGCACAGCAGAGCUCUGCUGCCGCCUGCAGCCUUAGGCCCCGCCCCUUGGAGUCCCUCCUACCCGACCUGCUGUGCCCCAGCACCCAGCUCAGGCCUGGGCCUUGGUCUGGACACUCGGCCUUGAGACCUCGGGCCUACUCUGCCGCCCCACCUGCCUGGCCUGCCCUUUGGCCUGAGGAGCAGCGUGGGGAACAGAAGAGGAGCCCGGGGUGCCCAGGACACAGCCUUGAGUCCCAGGCAUGGGCCAGUGCCCCCAGGCCUCUCUGGUCCCCCUGCCAAGGGUCUCCGGUGCCCCUGCCCGGAUCUGACGGCUCAUGUUGGUGCUACACAAGCUAGAAUAGAUAUAUUUAGAGAGAGAGGAUGAUAUUUUUAAGACAAAGGCCACCGUUAGCUUUCCUUUAACUCUAUAGAACCCCCAAAAGAAGAACGGCCCUUGGACGGUCUGAGUGGACCGAGUGUGGCCAGGUCCCGCUGGAGGCCAGAGCUGCCCGGGUCCAGCCUGCAGAGUGUACAUACACGGCUAUUUCAUAUUUUACUGUUCUUCAGAUUUAGUACUUGUAAAUAAACACACAUUAAGGAGAGAUUAAACAUUUUUGCUA